GACAAUAACCAUUGAAAAAUAAUAACUCUAAUAAAAAUAAACAAAAGAAGUAUACUACCCAUCAGUCCAGCAUAAAACUAGUUAAACUAACAAUAUAAUAUAUUUUUAAUUGGUAGAAAAGUCUUGACCUGUUAUGGGAUUUGAACAUUAUUUACUAGUUACUACAUCCGAGCAUCAUAAUGGGGUUGCAAAAAAAAAAAAAAAAAGGCCCAAUUCCUAAUGGAGAAAGGAAUUUCAAUUUGUAGCCUUAACCAAAAUCGGAAAGCUUGAGAAAAUGAGGGGGGGGGGGGGGGGGGGGGGGGGGGGGGGGGGGGUUAAAAUAGAAAAUACAGACAAAGAUGAACCGAAAUGAAAUUUUAUGAUGUCAUAAUGUACGACUUGAAAAAACAUCGCGGAUAUCAGACACAUUCAAAUGAUAAUAUUCGGGUGAAAAUAAUUCAACUGUUUAAAAAAUACUUAUCACCUUCGAAUCAAGAUCAAGGAAAUGACAACUAUGCUGGUGGCAGUGACCAAGAUAACAGAGGGUUGAACACCACAACAUUAAGGCCGACUACUAAAGACUGCACAGGUUAGAGCAAUUAUCUCAUAGCAUGAUCUUAAUUAUGUUCUCGUGCUAGGUUUACGAAGUAAAACCCAUGACCUGGGCCGUAUACAACGGUCUGGUCUAGUACAAAACGGAUCGGGCGAGAUCACCAAGAACCGUUAUCGAAUAGUAAAUCAUAUUUUAGAAUUAAGGAAUGGAUCAUCAAUGUAUUCGGUCGAUUCCAAAUGUCAAUUUUGCUCGUUUUUUUCAGUAUUUUUAAAAUUCAUAUGACAGGUACCAAAACCAUUUUAUAUUAGGCACAUUUGGUCCCAAUACCGUCCGGUAUGGAUUAAACAAUUGCACAUGCCCAAAUUCAUGGCUAAGUCGCUGGGCCAGGAACCGAUGCUCUCGAUUUAGGCACGACAGGCUGAAAUUGCAAGAGACGGGCCCCGAUUCGGCGGCCGGUAAUAAUGGGCCGAUCAGCGGGUCUGGGCUGCUUUACGCGACAGUAAGAGCACAGCCAGGAGAAAUUCCAAGAACAAACAUAGCCACAAAUACAAAUUUCCAGCAUGGAUGGUCCUCAAAGCAUCGAACAAUCCAGCUGAGAAGACUGUCCUUAAUUGGGAAAGACUGCAAAAUUUCAGGUACAUAUCCUUUCCCUUUUCAUUUAUGGUGAAUGGGCAUGGCUGUUGUUUUAUUAUGCGCAGCGACACCGACGUCGGGAAUCUAUUGACUGCUGACGCUGAAUUUUCCCUAUUUAAACGACGGCUGCUCUCAUUAGUCGCCACAAAAUAGAAAUCGAAUAGAAAACGGAGGAAAAACGCAAACUUUUCCACAUCCAUGGAGAAUCAGCAGCACCAGGGAAGAAAUGGCGCCGCCGCCGCUCCUACCGCCGAGAAUCGCUUCUCCGUGUUGAACUGCAUCGAUCUCUCCAGCCCGGACACUCAAAAUUCGGUUUCGUUGCUCAAACAGGCGUGCUUGGAUUGUGGGUUUUUCUACGUGGUGAAUCACGGGAUAAGCCAGGAAUUCAUGGCGGAGGUGUUUGCUCAGAGCAAGAAGUUCUUUGAAUUGCCGGCCAAGGAAAAGAUGAAGGUGUUGAGGAACGAGAAGCAUCGAGGGUACACUCCGGAGCUGGACGAGCUAUUGGAUCCUGAGAAUCAAGUUCAUGGAGAUUAUAAGGAAGGGUAUUACAUUGGAGUAGAAGUCCCUGAAGAUGAUCCUGAAGCAGAGAAACCAUUUUAUGGGCCCAAUGUUUGGCCAUCAUCAGAGGUUUUGCCCGGUUGGAGAGAAACAAUGGAGAAGUUCCACCAGCAAGCUCUAGAGGUAGCAAGAGCAGUUGCGAGAAUCAUAGCUCUUGCGCUUGAUCUAGAAGCUGAUUUCUUUGAUAAACCCGAGAUGCUUGGUCACCCCAUUGCAGUAAUGAGACUGCUGCAUUAUGGAGGUCAGGUGUCCGAUCCCUCAAAGGGAUUAUAUGGAGCUGGAGCCCAUUCUGACUAUGGUUUGAUUACCCUUCUAGCCACAGAUGACGUCUAUGGCCUUCAAAUAUGCAAGAAUAAGGAUGCUCAACCUCAAGUGUGGGAAUAUGUUGCACCAAUGCAAGGAGCUUUCGUUGUGAAUCUUGGUGACAUGUUGGAGAGGUGGAGCAACUGCAUUUUCAAAUCCACAUUACAUAGAGUUCUAGGAAAUGGUCAAGAGAGAUAUUCCAUUGCAUACUUUGCCGAACCAAGUCAUGAUUGUCUUGUCGAAUGCUUGCCUACAUGUAAAUCAGAGAAGAAUCCUCCCAAGUUUCCGCCAAUCACAUGCAGCACAUACCUGAGCCAACGGUACAAGGAUACUCAUGCCGAUUUGAGCGUUUAUAACCAGAAGCAACAACAUACCUGACUUGCUUUCUGUCCAUAAAACUAGCACUCCUCAUAUAGUCAUAUCCCUCUCAUCUUACUGGAGAAUAAGAAAGGCAAGUUUGUUGCCUGUAGGCCAGAGCUCGGCUGCAGAAGAAGCUCCCGAGUCAUGCCCUACCAGACAAUGUUACUUGUUGUACAAGUGUAUACUACGCAGUCACUUUAGUUAAAGCUGAACCAUAAGCUUCCCAAAUCAAUCCUCUGGCUCUUCAUAGUUAAUUCGUUCGCUCGAUAUCUCUACUCGGUACUCAACUGGUCAUGUGAAAGAAAAAGGAACAGCUUUGUUUCAUUUCUUUGUUUUGGUGCAGUAGUGAGUGUAGCAAUCCGCUGCCUACUUUCUUUGCAUGUAAUUAUCGAAGAGAUAUAUUGAGGAGUUUUGGGAUUGCAUUCGAAUGGUUUAGUGUGUACAUAGAAAGUUAUUGCCUUCAAAGUGUUCAAGUAAAGAUAGUGAACCAAG